CUUGGUUAUCCUUUUUAUAGUCGACAUGGCGGACAACACAAAAAGCGUGGCUUCUGCCGUAAUUUUUGAUUAUUUGAACAAACAGGACAAAAACUUAGCCUCUGUUUUUCAAAAGAAAACCAAUGCGAGUGGACUUGUGAAGGGAGCACCCACCUUUAAUGAAAUAUUGACUCAUUAUUUAAAUUCUGGACCGAAAGCAAAACAAAUUAAGCUACAAACCGCAGAAAGUGAUGAGAGUAGCAGUGAAGAGGAAGAGGCACCAAAGCCAAAACUUUUAAAUGGCGUACUAAAACAAGGUAAACCAGGCCAGAAGAAACAAAAAUCUAGUAGUGACGACAGUUCCGAAGAGGAGGAAGUUAAAAAACCUACAGCAAAGCCUGUAGCACAGAAACAACCAGCUAAACCACCACAAAAAAAACAAGAAAGUAGUUCAGAAGACUCUUCCGAUGAAGAGGAAGCAACUAAACCUGCUCCUAAAGCGACAGUAAAACCUAUUGCUAAACCAGUUCAAAAGAAAAAAGAUAGUUCAUCUGAGGAAUCUUCCGAAGAAGAGAAGGUGCAAAAGCCUGCUGCAAAACCUGUCCAGAAACAACAACCUGUCAGUAAAAAACAGGAAAGUAGUUCAGAUGAUUCUUCAGAUGAAGAAGAAACUAAAAAACCUGCUGCUAAGCCUGUUCAACAAAAAGUAAAUAAACCUGUUCAGAAAAAACAGGAAAGUAGUUCAGAGGAUUCUUCGGAUGAAGAAGAGCCUGCAAAACCAGUUCAGAAACAACCACAGAAACCAGUGCAGAAGAAAAAGGAUAGUUCAGAGGAAGAUCCUUCAGAUGAAGAUGAGACUCCUCCACAAAAACCUGCAGUGAAGCCUGUAGCAAAACCUGUACAGAAAAAACAAGUAAGUAGUUCCGAGGAUUCUUCUGAAGAUGAAGCGCCCAAAAAGACAGUUCAGAAAACUGCAAAGCCGGCAGCACCACAGAAAGCACCAGUGGUGGCAAAAUCUGUUCAGAAGAAACAGGAGUCCAGUUCAGAUGAUUCAUCCGAGGAAGAGGAAGCUACUCCUAAAAAUAAAAACCAGAAAAGUGCAAAACAGGCAGUUCCUCAAAAAACGCCUGUGAAGGCAGUGCCAAAACCUGUUCAAAAGAAGGCAGAAUCUAGUUCAGAAGACUCAUCAGAUGAGGAAGAAGCUCCCAAGAAAGCUGCCCCUGUGAAACCGACACCCGUUAAAGUACAGCCAGCAAAAGUCACGAAGGAAAGCAGCAGCGAGGACUCUUCAGAAGAAGAAGAAGAACCCAAGAAACCGGCGGUUAAAACACCAGCAAAACCAACACCAGUUGCGAAGAGGAAACAUGAAAGCAGUUCGGGGGACGACUCCGAAGAUGAAAAGCCCCAGCCCAAAAAGCAAGCAGUCACUCCUGCGAAGAAGGCAAAAGAAAGUAGUUCUGAAGAAGAGAGUUCAGAAGAAGAAACUAAAGCUGUAGCCGUUAAAAAACCAGCAGCGAAGGUCGCCACUCCGGCAAAGAAACCAGCACAGGAAGAAAGUUCCGAGGAAGAUUCAAGCGACGAUGAGGAAACGGUUAAAGUUCCACCAAAACCGCAAGCGGCUCCUAAAAAGGCAGCGGCUAAUAAAAAAUCAGCAUCUUCGGAUGAAGAUGAAGACGAUGAAGAAAAACCACCCAAGAAAGUAGCAAAGGUCGGCAGACAGGAAUCAGAAGAACAAGAGGAAGAAGUGGAGUUAAAAAUUAAAAAACCGAAAUAUGACAACUUUGUUAAAGCCGGGCAAAAUAACAGCUUUAAUGGGAACAAUUGGCAAAAAAAUACUCCAUUCCGAAGGGUGAGAGAUGAAGAGGUGCAAAUAGAUCCACGAUUAAAUGACAAUUCUUUUGAAGCUAAGUAUAAUGCCCGAGGAUCCUGGGGUGAGAAGGCCAACUUAGACUUGAAACACACCCGCGGAAAAUCGUUUAGGCGUGAAAAGACUAAGAAAAAGCGAGGUUCGUAUCGUGGCGGCACUAUUGACACGUCAUCCGUUAAUUCAAUAAAAUUUGAGUAAUUUGAUUUUAAGUAGACACAUAAUAUUUUUUCAAUUCCAUUAAGUACUUUUUAAGUUGGCAGUUUUUCACACAAGCAUUGUGUUUGUUCAAAAAUUAUAUAUGUACGUUCUUCUUAGGUAUUAAGAUAUGUUUUAAUAUGUUUAUAUAACUGUGAUUAUGAAAAGGGACUUUAUAUUAACAAUGUAAAGCAUAAACUAUCGUAUUGUGUAACUCUGUUUCUGAUGCUAUCGAUUCCACUUGUAAAUACCGAGUUUGAAGGAAGCCAUGUGAAUAGAGUUUGUGUUUAUACAAUAA